CCCCCCCCCCCCCGUGUCGUUCAUCCCGCUCCUCGUGUUACAUUCCAACCCUCUAUCAACUGAAACUCGUAGUCUCUUUCUGGCUAUUCGUUGAGAUAGUGGCUGGGACAACUCCAUUGUCAACUUUCACCCCCCUUCUAUCCAGGAACAGACGGUACAAACAUACAUACCCAUAUUCAAUAAUACAUACCACGACAUAAUACAUACUACGACAUUGUAUUCAUAGCAAAAACAAUGGCCACACCUCUGGACAACCGCCCUCGUCCCAGCCUCAAGCCCCUCUGGACUCCCUACUACGACCUCCGAGGCGGCUCACCACGCUCACCCCUCAGGUCGGCCCGAGCCUUCGCCUUCUCUCCCUCGCCCCGCUCACCCAAGACCCUCCCUACUCCCGUCUAUCCCCCUGCCUCCCACGAUGGCACCAUGAGACAGCAUGAACGGAGCAUGGCCGACCGCCUAGACCACAUGGUCCGUCAGGCGAGGAAAGGAGCCGACAUCUCACCCCCGGGCUCCGCUUCCGUGUCACGGCCUAUGUCCCCCAUGUCGGGACCCCUCUCCGGGAGUGGUCGUCUGCAACAGGCCCGGCCGCUUCCGACGCCGGCCUCCCCCGUGGACACUUUCCCCCGUCGACAGACCCUCGUCGCCGAGACGAGGUCCAUGCUCCUUGUCGGCGUUUCCGCCCUCGAUGAUCUCGACCGCAGACAAUCCGUUCCCACCUUCAGGCCGCCGGGCCAGUCGAGGAAGGCACGGCAAACCAUGCACCUGGAGCAGCUGAGAGCAUGGGGCCACGUUUACCUAGGCGACGCAACCACCGCCGACGUCUUCGUAACGGCCGUGGCCGUGCGACGACCGUCGGAAUCAGGCUCUUCGUCCUCGUCCUCGUCCUCCCUUUCUUCCACUUCUCCUUCGGAACCCACCGGUAAUGACGAGACAAAGCUGAAGCGCAGCCUCAGCCUCCACCCCGGUCCCACGACCAUACGCGCCCGCGUCAGGCCUCGCGACCUGGACAAGAAACCCUUUCUCAUCCAGCGCGAGUUCGACCUCGAAGAGCUGCGCGCCACAGUUCCGGAUCCUCUCCCUAGGCCGAACCACCAUCCUGCCCCCAAGACCCCGCUGGGCCGCCGCUCGUCGGUUGCUGAGCUCCCCGGCCCGGCCGCCAUGUCCCAGCAACACGCGCUGCGUCCCCUCCGUGCACGUCGGCGCUCGAGCAGCGCAAAGUACGGUCUGCUUCCUUCCGGCCAUGGGCUCCGAUCUGGGUCGAACCGGGAUGCACGGGCGUCUGCUCGAGGUUCCAGCGCUGUACCUAUCCACCUCGAGUAUGCUCGGGCACAUCUCCCCGUUCUUGCCGCCCUCAUCGUCUCAGGCCACAUUCGAGAGGGCGAUGUAAUCGAUCUCCCCAUGUCCCAUCCGGAGGCAUGGUCCCAAACUGUAGCCUACGUGUACACGGGCCAGGGGGAACUGACGGAUGCGAUAAAGGAGAAUAUCCUUUACUUGGCCGGUAAGGCCUGACUUAUGAUCUGACGACUUGACGAGUUUAGCUCUUUUCUUUCUUUUUUCUUUCUAUUUCCCUUCUCUUUUCUCUCUUCAUGUCUUGCAUUUCUUUGCUCCGAACACGUUCGAUUAUUGGCAUGCGGUAUUUGGCACCACCCUUGCACCCCCGUCGUAGGUUGGACUGGAAAAGAAUGCAGAACCGGCCUAAAACCCGGGUUGAUAGUUGUGAAGUGGGCAAGGUACAUAUGUAGCGACAAUGUAAGUUGCAAGCAGGUUUAUGGUCCAUAGCUUCCAUGCAUGGCUGUUUU